AUGUACGGAGAACUGGCUAGAAUAACAACUGAAGACGAACGUACUCGAUACUUUGCUAUAAUAAAAGCGAACUACAUUAUUGGGAUUGUUGUAGGUCCAGCACUAAAUCUCUUUCUAAAGGAGUUUGAUUUCUACAUCGGUGACUGGCACAUUGAUUUCCGCACAUCGCCGGGAUUUUUCAUGGCUUUAAUGUGGAUACUAGCCACUGGUAUCAUGUUUGUAUUUGUCUAUGAUCUCUCAGACGAGAUGAGAAAAGAGACAGGGUAUGAACUAGUUUCAGACUGUCCAAAUGAAGAACAGUUUUCCAAAAAAGAGCAACUCCGAGAGGUGUAUGGAAAAAAUUGUCGCGAGGACGAGCAUGGUCAAAUGACGUCACCUCCAGCUGGAAUAAAUGACGUCACCAACAGCAAGAAACUGGCCGAGAAAGAACCUUAG